GAACUUUUGUUGAUGCCUCGUUAGAAGUUAUAAUAAAUUAAAUCAUAAUUUGACAGCAAUCAUCGAAAGAACGGGCGCCAAGUUGAACUAAGCAAUUGUUUCCGAAAAAUUGGGAUAUCUGCAAUUUUGUUUAUCUUUAAAUGCGACCGCAACAAAUUAAGCAACGGGUGAACGACCUUGACCUCCAAAGCACAACGAGUUUUGGAUGGACUGUCUUAUUUGGACCUUAUCAAGGCUAGAAAAAAAACAGUUAUUCGCGAAAGUUCGGAAAGAAUGUUUCGUAGAUUGUGGUCAGCGUUUACUGAAUUGCUAUUCCUUUUUUUCUGAUUUAAGCUUGCCUUUUUCUAGUACUCUACGACUACUUACGAUAAGUCAAAAGCAAUAUCGGAGCGUGUUGAGUCAGUUUCAUGAUAAAAACCCUAAAAAUGACCGAACCGAUAGUAAGGGCAAAGAAAAAAUUCUGAUUGGUUCGUUAGUGGCCGGUAUUUUUGGGGGUUAUUUUUAUUUUUCAGUUUAUAAACAAAAAAAUGUUGCAAUUGCGGAACGUAAAAAAACAGGAUUUGGGGCGCAAGCCCGAGCAGGAAAAUUUCGGGAGGAUUUACCAAUCUAUUCUCUAGACGAAGUAGAUAAGCACACAGCAAACGAUAAUCGGAUAUGGGUAACCUACAAAGAAGGCGUAUACGACAUUACCGAUUUUAUCGAGGGACACCCGGGCGGGGACCAAAUAAUGAUGGCCGCCGGUAGCUCGGUAGAGCCUUUCUGGAUGCUCUACGGGAUACAUGAAAACGAGCACGUCUACGAAAUUUUGGAAACUAUGAGGAUUGGUAACCUCUCUAAGCAGGAUCAAGACCAAAUGACCAGCGACAUGGACGACCCGUACGCAAACGACCCCAAAAGACACGUAAUUCUAAAACCGGCAAGCGUUAAACCCUUCAACGCGGAAUCACCUCUCGUUUUGCUUUGCGAAAACUUUAUCACCCCCAACGAGCUUUUUUACGUGAGAAAUCACCUCCCGGUGCCCGACAUAGACCCCAAAUCUUACGCGCUCGAGGUGGAAGUGGAGGGACACAAUCGAUGGUUAACAUUGACCCUCGAGGACCUCAAAAGACUACCGAGACACACCAUAACCGCUACCAUCAUGUGCGCGGGUAAUCGCAGAAGUGAAAUGACAAAGAUAAAGCCCGUAAAAGGUUUGAAUUGGGGCGCUGCCGCGAUAGGCAACGCCACGUGGACGGGCGUGCGACUUCGCGACGUCCUCGAGCGUGUGGGCGUGACCGAGAACGAAGAAAAACUGAAACAUGUUCAGUUUGAGGGGGCCGAUUUCGACGUCGCCGCUAACAAUUAUGGGGCGUCUAUCCCUUUGUGGAGGGCGGUCGCGGCGCGGGGCGAUGUCUUACUCGCCUACGAGAUGAACGGCGUCCCGAUCCCCAGAGACCACGGGUUCCCCAUCAGGGUCCUAGUGCCGGGGGUGGUUGGCGCCAGGAACGUCAAAUGGCUCACUAAAGUCGUGGUGUCGGAAAAAGAGAGCCGCUCUCACUGGCAGCAGAACGACUAUAAGGGCUUUUCGCCAUCGACCGACUGGGAUACCGUCGAUUUUAAAAAAUCUCCCGCCAUACAAGAACUGCCCGUCAUUUCCGCGAUAUGUAAACCCUGCGACGGCGAUACUGUCGAAGUGGAAAGGGGACACAUUGCAGUUAAAGGUUACGCCUGGUCUGGUGGGGGUCAGAAAAUCGUCAGAGUGGACGUGAGCGCUGAUCGGGGUGAGACGUGGCACGUGGCCAGUUUGGACGUGCAGGAUUCGGCCGAGCCGCCGCGUCACUGGGCGUGGACCUUGUGGUCGGUACGGGUACCAGUCGUCGGCGGCUCCGAGGAAGCGGAAAUUUGGGCGAAAGCUGUGGAUUCUUCGUAUAACACUCAACCAGAGAGUUUCGCCAACAUUUGGAACCUAAGGGGCGUGCUCGGCAACGCCUAUCAUCGGGUGACCGUCCGUUUGGCCACGCCCCCAUAAAAAAAGCUACUCUAUGUCGCCUAAGGGUAUUUUUAAUAAACAAUGCAGGAAUCAA